UUAAUCAUGGGAGGAGUUGCAUCCUCUAGUAAUGGUGUGCCAGUAGAACAAAAGAACCCGGAAACGGUUUCGAAAGCUUCCGAGCAGGAUCAAAAGCCGAAAAAGAAGAUAUGUUGUGCUUGCCCUGAAACUAAGAAGUUGAGAGAUGAAUGUAUAGUACAGUAUGGUGAAGAUGCGUGUACUAAGUGGAUCGAGGCGCAUAAGCAAUGCCUUCGUGCUGAGGGAUUUAAUGUUUGAUGAAGAAUCGGAAUUGAAUGUUUCGAGUUCAUGAAAUUUUGCGAAAUAGGUAGUUCUUUUUCGGGUUAUACACUUGUUGAUCACAUUUAUGUGAAUAAAAGGUAUCAAAACUAUUUGAGAUGUGUAUGUUGUCUUACAGUUAGAUAUCUUUUUUUGUGAUAGAAUUAUUGAAAUUGAUCAUAUAGACAUGUCAUGAUAUUGUAUGCUACAAUUUGCAUUCUUGUUGAUAAAUUUAGCUGGAUGGUCUGACUCUUCUAUCUGAUAA